UAAAAAUAUGUGAUUUUGUUUACAAAAAAUUUGAUUACCUAUAAUAAAAAAGUAUGGAAUCGGUACGUGCAGAAGUUAACAAUGCAUUUAAACUUAGUGGAUUUACUAUACGCAAAGAAGCUAGCACUUACGUUGCCGAUCAAAUAACUUCAAUGACUCCACAUGAACGACGGGCAAUUCUUGACAAGUUAACUUCACACAUUUUAAAACAAUGUAUUUCACAGCCCGUAUUAGAGAAAGAACACCUGGAAAUCGCCUUCAAAGAAUGCUCUGCAUCGGGUCUUGAAGAGACCGAAACUGUUUUAAACGUAAUCGACGCUUUUAACAUUCCCAAACUGAGUUACGACAAUGAGAGAAAUAAGUUCGUUAAAUCUGUACAUAAGAACAAUUUAUAUCCAGAACCGAAGUGGAAAGCGCAAUUCUUGAUAGACAGAUACGAAAUAAUAUGGCAAAGAACUGUUAGGAAUAAAUUGUUUGCUCAAGAAGCCUUGCCUUCAUUGGCCGAGGAGAAAUAUUUCCAAUUGCGCAAAAUCGAAGCGCUGCUAAGCUCUUCUAGUCGAAUCGAUGAUGUGAUUGUGCUCGGUCUUUUAAUACAGUUGACAGAAGGAAAAUAUUACUUGGAAGAUCCAACUGGCAGUGUUGUUCUCGAUAUGUCACAAACAAGGUACCACUCAGGCUUAUUCACUGAAUAUAGCUUCGUUUUAGUUGAAGGUUAUUAUGAUGACAAGGUAUUAAAUGUUAUGGGCCUUGUGCUACCGCCGCCGGAAAGCAGAGCCUCGUCACUGCCAUUUUUUGGUAAUUUAAAUACAUUUGGUGGAAAUUCUAAGACUUUACUUAAAAACUCUAAGUCAUUGCUAAAGAUUGAACAGGAAAAUAAAGAAGGAAUGAUUAUAUUCUUAUCUGAUGUUUGGAUAGACACAUUGAAAGUUAUGAAUAACUUAAGAACAUUAUUUAGUGGCUACAAUGAUUUUCCACCUGUGGCUAUCGUGUUCAUGGGUGAAUUCCUCUCGUGUCCGUAUGGUCAGGAGCAUUGCACACAGCUACGAAUGGCAUUAUCAAACUUAGGUGAAAUAAUAGCUCAAUUCAAGAAAUUGAAAGAUGAAUGCAAAUUUAUCUUUGUACCUGGCAGAUCGGAUCCUUGUGCUGCCAAUGUUUUACCAAGACCAGCAAUUCCAAGUUCCAUAACACAAGGUAUAAGAGAAAAAUUAGGUGAUGCAGUCAUUUUCACAACGAACCCAUGCAGAAUACAAUACUGUACACAAGAGAUAGUAGUUUUCAGGCAAGAUUUAGUAAUGAAAAUGUGUAGGAAUUCUGUACAUUUUCCGGAGACUGGUGAUAUUCCUGAUCAUUUGGUGAAGACUUUGUUUAGUCAAUGUACACUGUCACCAUUGUCAUUAGCUAUACAACCAGUGUAUUGGAAGCAUUCGGAUUCUUUAAGUUUGUAUCCGAUGCCGGAUUUGGUAGUGAUUGGCGACCAUUUCCAACCUUAUACUCGCUCAUAUCAAAACUCGCAGAUUAUGAACCCUGGGUCUUUUCCGCGAACUGAGUUCUCAUUUAAAGUGUAUGUACCAAGUACGAAAACAGUUGAAGAUUCACAAAUACCGAAAGAUGAUGGAUGAAAUACCUGGUUAAUUAAAAAUUGGCUCAAGAACUGAAUCAUAGUUGAUAAGUAAAUCAAAUUGUUUUACAAUCUAAUAUUUUAUUUUCAUACCCAUUUUCAAAUAAACAA